GGUAGACGCAUGGUCCAUUUGCAAAUUCAAUAUUCUUCCUGUAUAUAGCAGAAAACGGCACAACGUCAUACCAAGGAGGUUAAAAAGAGGGAACCUUUUUGGUCAUACUUCAAAGAUAUCAUACGUACUAGAAAGAAAGAGUCCGACAAAAAUGUCCCAAGAUGCUGUCCAACCUGUCCGAGUCCUUAGCAACGGCUUCACACAACUUGGCGACCGUGAAGAAAUCACGAUGUGAUUGAAGCUCAAACAACAGAAGCAAACAUGCUACUUGGUUGGUGAUCGGUCCAAAGGUCGAUCGACGAGACAGCUAGACUUCCACCGAAACACUACUGCGCAGUUUGGUGCCCCAAUUUAGGCCCCAAGCAAGACCUACCGUGCCAGCAUACACAACCCAAAACUUCCGUCAACAAGUUAUUCACAUAAACAUGGAGGAAGGGGAAAUAGAGGAGCAACAGGAGGUGACCCAGCCGAGGGUAGGAAGCCUACACUCCGACGCUGAGCGGUACCUGGAGGCGUACCAGGUGUUCCUGGAGAAGUGUGAGAGUGAGGAGGAGACCACCAAACGAUGGCUGCAGGAGGAGGGGCCGGGCCUGGUGGCCAGGUGUAAAAUUCCCGCCAAAACUUCCUUCAACGUUCUGGGGAUGGGCAGUGGAGCAGGCCACUUUGACGCCAUCAUUCUUCACGCGGUACUAGAGAAGUACGGUCAAGUGUUCUGUCGAGUCGUGGAGCCCAGGGAGGAAGACAUCGACCAGUUAAAGAAAUAA